AUGCUUGGGAAUUUCCUGUUUAUUUACCGGGGCUUCCAGACAAACCGGGACUCCAGACCCGCCUCCCCCCACGGCAGUCAACUUUGCGCAAGGAGACGUCUGGGCCAGGGAGCUAAGAGUGACUCACCUCAAACCUUCCCACCCCAGCGGCCCCUGCCCACCAUGGGUUGCAGCAGAUGGAGGCUCCAAGCACCUGGGACCAGAGAGAAACCCCCGCAGGACAGUUUCCAGCAAGAGAGAGGAGACAACCAGAUCUCAGCCUGGAACGGAGCAGGCCUGUCGCCCCUCUAUCCUCCCUCCAGCAGAAUUGGGGAGUAG